AAACGCAUGUAGGUAUCAAGCUGGAAUAUAUAUAUCAAAUACUCAGGUUCCUUGGAACUGUAACAAAAUCAAACUUCUAUGUCAACGCUAUCAAACGAAACAACAAUUUAUACCGCAUAUUUAUAACUCAAAUUCUCUGAAUCAAAACCUUAAGGGUUAUAGAACAGAUAAAGGAAAAAUUGCGAGACAUGCUACUUGUUUGUCGUGAUGUGUGAACUUCUACUUAUAUAUUUACAGGUUUGUAUGGAACCCUCCGUGCUAAAAAAAUAAUUUAAUACGCUUCAGUACUCCGCUGUUGUAUAAAAUUCAUUAUUGUGAUAAGUAUUUUAAACAUCACGUCGUGUUCAAUUUGAAAACAUCACACAGAAAAUGGACGUGAUGAAAAAUAAAUUCAGUCCUAAGGAUAAAACGCAAAUAUGUGACAUAAUGGAAAGACUGGGUAAAUUUCAAAGGAUACAAUACGCUUUCUCGUUUCUGGCAACACUCUUGGUCACAAUAACACAUAUUAAUUAUGUCUUUGUUGCUGGAGAAUUAAACUAUAGAUGUCUUAUACCAGAAUGCGAAGACACGUAUAAAGAUUACAGUCCAACAUGGUGGCCCAACAGUACAAUUGGCAAAUGUUUAAAACCAAUACUUAGGCCAAAUGUUGGGCCAAUUUGCACCAAUGACAGUUUUACGAGCGAAUUAGAAGAUUGCACGGAAUGGGUUUAUGAAACCAAUAACACUGUAGUAGCAGAGCUCAAACUCGGCUGCCAACCUUGGAAAGUCAAUAUGAUUGGUACAACGCACAGUAUUGGCUUGCUAUUGGCAAUGAUCGUCUCUGGAUGGAUGAUAGAUAGAUUUGGUCGCAAGCCAAUAUUUAUAUUCUGUCUGGUGGGAAGUUGCAUCGGACAUUUAAAAGCUUUUACGUCAGUCUAUUAUAUUUACGUGCUGAUCGAGUUGAUAGAAGCGGUGAUCACCGGCGGUGCUUACACUGCGGUCUCCGUUCUAAUGAUGGAAAUUGGCGGAAAGAAAAAUAGACUAUUAGCUGGUGUUAUCUAUGCAUUCGGAAUAUACCUGGGCGAAUCUGUAUUCGCAGUCAUGGCAAUGUUCGUGCCAUACUGGAAGAAUUUGAUCAAAGUCAUCUACACGCCACCUAUAUUGAUUUUAUCAUAUGUGUACUUUUUAAAGGAGAGCCCGCGAUGGCAAAUUGUCAAAGGAAAAACUGAAUGCGCGAAGAAAACUCUCUUACUAAUAUCAGAAUAUAAUAAAGUUAAUAUUAACAAGGAUAAAUUAGAAAGUAUGAAUGAAGAAGAACUUAAGAUAGAAUUCAAAAUAGAGAAUUGUCAGCAAAAAGAAACCUUUAGAGAUGCGAUGAAGUCAAGGGAGAUUAUAAAACGACUUGUGGUUGGUUCGUUCGCUAGGUUCGCCGCUUGCUUCAUUUACUAUGGUCUAAUUAUCAACUCUGUAUCUCUUCCGGGGAAUAAAUAUACGAAUUUUCUCUUGUCUUCGGUAAUGUCGUAUCCGGGAGACUUGACGGCUUUAUAUUUGAUGAAUAACGUUGGCAGAAAGUUGACACUUGUCUAUGGUUACAUUGUUUGCGGAUUGCUCUGCGUUGCAUCUGUUUGCUUUCCUGAUGGUAUGUGGUAAAAAUAACUAUUGUUUUACAUUGUACCCGAUUUGAGAAUCCGUAAGUUAGUUUUUUCUUAGUAGAAGGUAAACUUGCAAAGGGUCACCUAAUUUUGUCAAAAUAACGAGGUCAUCACUACACAUUGUCAUCUGGAACAAGUUAGAAGGUUACUUUACGUGCAGGAAGACGAUAUUUUCCCUUCCUAUGUUCCAGCCAAAUUCGCUUUCCCUUUCUAUCCUUACUUUAUAAGAAGAGGAUGGCAAGGGGAAGAGGACUAGAAUUUGGCCUCAGGCACAUUCUUGAAAAAUU